AUGGAAAGAGAAAUAGAGAUUCUUAAGAAGGAAAAUGUGACAAAGACGACGCAGUUGCAUAAGCUAAAAUGCGAAACAUCACAGACUAUUAGUGAUCUUAAAGAUGACAUUGUAAAGUUACAACAAGAAAAGUCUGCAUUGUCAUCGGAACUAUCAAAGGAAUCAGAAAAAGGUUACCAGUUGUCUGAGUUAAGAUGUGAAAAAUCGAAAAUUACAGGAGCACUUGAAGAUCACAUAACAAGGUUGAGGAGAGAGAACCGCACUUUGACUGCAAGAAUAUCAAAGGCAUACGACCAGUUGACUGAACUAAGAGAAAAAGUCCAACUUUUAGAGAAUCAGUUAAAAAAUGUAACUGAGGCGGCAACGGUGUCUGUGAACAGCAAAGAGAAGGAAAUGGAGGAAGAUUACCGCAUCAUAAAGAAGCAAGAUGAAACGAUAAAAAGUUUAAUCGAAGAGAUAAGGCAGGAAAGAUGUGACAAGUACCGCCUCGAACUACAGUCUGAAAGAAUAAGAGAACUUGAGACUCAAUUACAAAGAAUGGAAGACAUGAAAAGAAAGACAAUUCACUCAGUGGAUGCCUUAGUGCUUGAGGUGAAACAGGAAAGGUCAGAAAAAGACCUUCUGAGAAAAAGAGCCAUGGAAGCAGAAGAGGUUGGUUCUUAUAGAGAGAAAGAGCUUGAAAAGAGAAUUGAACUUCUUGAGAAUCAUUUACAUGAAAAAGAUGAGAUGACAAACGUCACUCUUGCGUCUCUAAAAAACGACGAAAGUUCACUACAGGAAGCUAAAGCCACUAUCGAUAUGCUCACAGAACAACUGGAACGAGAAAAGUCGGAAAAAGAAGCUCUGAAAAGGGCUGUCGAGGUGUUUGAGUGCAACUCUCAAAACGAAAAAAGGUUGACUGAGGACAUCGAAAAACUUGGGAAGCAAUUGAAAGAGAUGAAUGACCUACGAGAGGAGACUCUUAUAUCUCUUAAAGAGAAAGAAUGGUCAUUGCAUGAGGCUCAUGACGAGAUCAAUGAGUUAACUCAACAAAUAGCACACAAAAAGUCGAACAAAAAGUUUUUCAAGUGGAAGGUCAAGGCUAGAAAGGGUAAAGCUUAUCGACUGAAUCUCAUUCAAAAAGGAACAAAAAGAUAUACACAGGAGAGGGGUUCGUUUAUAGCAGGCGUGGGAAAACGGCUGAAGAACCUGGUACAAAGACCAAGAGGAGUGUCCGCAUCGAGCUUGGUAAUGAAAAAGAAGGAAGCCUAUGCAGAGCGAGUGUUAGACAAAUUAAGGGAUGAUUUGAAUGAAAGAGGAGAAGUCAUUCAAGACUUAAGGAGUAAUUUCAAAGACACUGCUGAGGAAUUGUCGUCCAUGCGACGUCAGCUUGAAGAUAUUCAGUGCCAAAAUGCCGAGCUCAUACGGUGUCUUGGAAACAAGGAGGAGGAUCUUCAAAAGACGCAAAGAUACUUAAAAGAAAACGAAGCCAGCCUUGAUGACGCAAAUGAAACCCUGCGUUUGAAAUGCACGCUUCUCAAAACAAUGGAGGCCAAAUUAUGUCUGACGAAGAAAGAGAUUGAAGAAUUGACACAAGUCAACAAAGAGAAAGGCUUAGAGAUAACUCGCUUUGAGACAACCCUUACAGAAAUGAAAAAAGAGUUAGAUAUUGCUGCAUCCAUUAUCGAGAAGCAAAAUGAACGUUGUGCUAACCUUAGAACUUAUGCUAUGAGAAAGACCCGAGAUGCGGGUAAGAUGCAAGACGAAUUGAAACGCUUCUCAACUCAACUUGAAAAUAGCAGGGACGAGAACGCAAACCUACACAGAGCACUGUUAGCUGCUACAGCGCGUCUUACAAGGGAGAAGCAUAGGCAGUUCAGUGGGACUGAGUUACCGAAAGAUGGACACGAAAGGAAGUCCUCUGAGUCAUCAUGUGAGGAAAGCACCUCUAGCAUCCUGAAAGCCAGGAGACACAUAGAUGCGUACAAAAUAACAUUUUUGGAAGACGAGAGUAAUGUGGCAGCCACUAGUCAGGGAGACGCUGAAAAUAAAUGGUUGUAUACUUCUAGAUUGGACGAACAUCAGUUUGAAACACGGGGAGAUCAACAUUUUAACGGCGCCAGUACUAUCGCUGAGGUUGACCAUACUAUGCAGAACUUCUCAACACACGGAGCACCUAAUUCAGUUUCGACACUUCUGUGUAAUGGUUAA